UGUGGGCAAGACGGCCAGAGUUGAGUCUAGCGGUCUAGGAAGCCGCGGUGGGUCACCCAGCAGGGAGCAACUGCCCGGCCUUAGCGCAUCUCAGAGAACCGGGCUCGGGUGCUGACAGGAUGCCUUUGUUCGCGGCCAACCCCUUUGAGCAAGACGUGGAAAAAGCCACAAAUGAGUACAACACCACGGAAGAUUGGAGUCUUAUUAUGGACAUAUGUGACAAAGUUGGAACCACUCCUAAUGGAGCAAAGGAUUGCCUAAAAGCCAUCAUGAAAAGGGUAAAUCAUAAGGUUCCUCAUGUUGCUCUGCAGGCAUUAACUCUUCUUGGGGCUUGUGUGGCAAACUGUGGAAAGAUAUUUCAUUUAGAAGUGUGUUCCCGUGAUUUUGCAACAGAAGUACGUGCUGUGAUAAAAAAUAAGGCUCAUCCUAAAGUAUGUGAAAAACUGAAAUCUUUAAUGGUGGAAUGGUCAGAAGAAUUUCAGAAGGAUCCCCAGUUUAGUCUCAUAUCUGCAACUAUUAAGUCUAUGAAAGAAGAAGGAAUUACUUUUCCUUCGGCAGGUUCUCAGACUGUAUCAGCUGCUGCCAAGAAUGGAACAUCAUUGAACAAAAACAAAGAAGAUGAAGACAUAGCUAAAGCUAUUGAAUUAUCUUUGCAAGAGCAGAAACUACAACACACAGAGACAAAAUCUUUAUAUCCAUCUGCAGAAAUUCAGUUAAAUAAUAAGGUUGCACGAAAAGUGAGAGCUUUAUACGAUUUUGAAGCUGUUGAGGACAAUGAACUCACCUUUAAACAUGGUGAAAUCAUUAUUGUUUUGGAUGACAGUGAUGCCAAUUGGUGGAAAGGAGAAAAUCACAGAGGAAUAGGUCUUUUCCCAUCUAAUUUUGUAACAACUAAUUUAAACAUGGAGUCUGAGGCAGCUGUGGACAAAUUGAAUGUAAUUGAUGAUGAUGUGGAGGAAAUUAAGAAAUCAGAGCCCGAGCCUAUUUAUAUUGAUGAGGAUAAGAUGGAUAGAGCCCUGCAGGUACUCCAAAGUAUAGAUCCAGCAGAUUCAAAACCAGAUUCCCAAGACCUUUUGGAUUUGGAAGAUAUCUGUCAACAGAUGGGUCCAAUGAUAGAUGAAAAACUUGAAGAGAUUGAUAGGAAGCAUUCAGAAUUGUCUGAAUUGAAUGUAAAAGUCCUGGAAGCUCUGGAACUAUAUAACAAAUUGGUGAAUGAAGCACCAGUAUAUUCAGUCUAUUCAAAACUCCAUCCUCCAGCACAUUAUCCAUCUACAUCAGCUGGGGUUCCAGUGCAGACAUAUCCAGUUCAAUCACAUGGUGGAAACUACGUAGGUCAAAACAUUCACCAAGUAACUGUUGCCCAAAACUACAGCCUGGGAACAGAUCAUAUUGGUUCGCUGAGAUCUCUGCCUCCAAGUGUAAAUUCCUCAGUAACAACACAGCCUGCUCAAACUCCAUAUUUAAGCACUGGACAAGACACUAUUUCCAGUCCUCCUUAUAUGAACCAGAACUCUAACCUUCAGUCAGCUACUGGUACAGCUGCUUACUCACAGCAGAUGGGGAUGUCUGUGGAUAUGUCAUCUUACCAGAACACUACUUCCAAUAUGCCGCAUCUGGCAGGCUUUCCCAUGGCAGUCCCAGCUCAGUCGGUUGCACAGCGGCAAACAAACUAUCAGCAACCUCUCCUUUAGAGAAAAACCAAGCAUUUUCGUGGAAACCUUCAUAAGUGUCACUUGUGAUUCUAAUCUGAAAAUAUUAAAAGGAAACUUUUUCCUUCUGAACUCAAAAGGACAAUGAGUAAAUAAAAGCACAAAACCUAACUUACUCUAAAGGCCAUAAAAGUUUUUUUCAGACCAGUUUGUUUGAAGUCAGAGGCAGCUUAAAGAUGCUCCCAGUUAGUUUUGUCAUACUUUCAAAUGUCUUUCUGUGAAUCUGGACACCCAAUAAGUAGCUUUAUGACACUAAACAGUAUGAGAUAAAAGUGUAAAAAUUUUACUUUAAAGAAACCAUUGUUACCAUUGUUUAUCCGCAAAAUGUCUUAAUGAGAGAAUUGAAGACCUUUAAAUAUUUUUUGUCUGCAUUUUUUUUUUUUUUUUUUUACCAUUUCCCACACACUGUUGUAUUAAAAGGCGAGGGAACAUCUUUUUUUGUAUAAGCAUUUCGUUUGCCAACAUGCUUCCUUUUGGCUCCUUAAAUUGCAGUUGUGUUUGCAGUACUGUCAGUUUUGCUCUCAGUGUUAUGUUGAGUAAUAAUUAGCAUAUAAUUGUCUACAGAAACAAGAGCGAUUUGGAAGGAACAAAAAUGUUUUCUGUUAUUAAUAGGAAAAACCAUGUAAAUGCAGAUGUGUGAGAAAGCACUUAGCCAUUUCCCUGCUCAUGCCCAUAGUGGGCUAAAGAAUUUCCAUUCCCUGAGGAAAAACAUUUUCUUCUCUACAAGCAUCUUUAUAUUUAAAAUUGUCACUAAUGACCUUAUCAAAUCACUUUGGUCAUUGUCUAAUGCAAUAUGAUCCAUUUAUUUUACUUCCUGUGUUGUGAUAUGCAGAGAUUCUGCGUUUCUUUUUUAUGGAUUAUACCUGACUUUGAGCCAUGAGACAUACCUAAUAAUUUGAUGUGAUAUAAACCAAGCAUGGAUGA